CCUGGUAGGUGAUAAGGUGUCAGUGUGCGCGACAUCCUCUCUCAGAGAACUUGCGGACACUACGGGUCUCCACAGUGUUGGACCACACUACAUGAAUCGGUCCUUAGUCCUUUUACAAAAUAACAUACGGCGGUUCGUAGUCUUUAUACACAUCAUAUGAAAUUUCGUCAUCCUUUUUCACAACAUAAGACUGUUUGUGGUCCUUAUGCACAACAUUAAAGUGUAAACAUCGCUUUAUAUUACACUGCUACUGUAUAAACACCGUAGGACGUAGUGAGAGAAACGGGUAUGGGGAGAUAAUGGCUUUUGUGAUUCGUCACGUGGAGCCUUACACAGGAGCUGAGGGUUCGAGGCAACUGUCUUACCCUGACCCCCACGCUGACCGAUACAAUGCCAUCGGCACUCACGCCUGGCCUCGCUACCACCGUCACCAUUAUGUUGCUGGCGCCCGUGUAUGGAUCCCGGACGCAGAGCAGGUGUGGCGGUGCGCUGAGCUCACUAAAGAUUACAAGGAUCACCUGGUGGCUGUCAUCUAUGCUGACUCUCAGACUGACGAGUUCAAGGUGAAAAGUGACGAAGAUUUACCACCGCUACGGAAUCCUGACAUAUUAAUAGGCGAAAAUGACCUCACCUCUCUCUCGUACCUUCAUGAACCUGCUGUCCUUUAUAACUUACAAGUUCGCUUCUGCAACCACAAUGCCAUCUACACAUAUUGCGGAAUUGUUCUUGUGGCCAUCAACCCAUACGAGGAGCUCCCUAUCUAUGGCCCAGACACUAUUUCAGCUUAUCGAGGCCACUCCAUGGGUGAUCUUGAUCCUCACAUCUUUGCUGUUGCUGAAGAAGCUUUUACACAGAUGGAGAGGGAUAACAAAGAUCAAAGCAUCAUUGUGUCGGGAGAAUCGGGUGCUGGCAAAACGGUGUCGGCUAAAUAUGCCAUGAGAUACUUCGCCAGUGUUGGUGGCUCCGAUUCUGAGACGCAGGUCGAGAAGAAGAUCCUUGCAUCAAAUCCUAUAAUGGAGGCCAUAGGUAAUGCAAAAACUACACGAAAUGAUAAUAGUUCGCGGUUUGGAAAAUACAUAGAGCUUGACUUCACACGUAACUACAGUAUAAUGGGUGCCAAUAUGAGAACUUACCUCUUGGAAAAGUCUCGUGUGGUCUUUCAGGCACCAGAAGAGAGAAAUUACCAUAUCUUUUACCAAUUGUGCUCUGCAUCAUCAGAUGAAAAAUAUAAAGAUCUGCAAUUAGGCCCUCCGGAAAGUUUUCACUACCUGAAUCAAGGACUACAGGAGGCUCCCAAACAGUCAUCCAAGACCCGCAAGGGCCAUCAAGACAAUUUCCAUUACCUUAACCAAGGCCACAGCCCUCACAUUGAUGGUGUGGAUGAUGCUGCAGACUUUCUGGAAACGUGUCGAGCUUUCUCCCUUUUAGGAAUUAAUGAGGCAACACAAGAACAGAUGUUUAGAAUUCUCGCCGGAAUAUUGCAUCUAGGAAAUGUAACGCUUAAAGAAGAUGAUGGUGAUUCUUCUACUAUUGAUAAAAGUGACAAGUCACUUCACAUAGUUGCAGAACUACUGGGUAUUCCAAAGGAGGACAUUCGCAUGUGGCUGUGUAAUCGUAAAAUUGUCAGUGGUAGAGAAAUCUUCACAAAGCCCAUGACAUUUUCUGAGGCAACAUUUUCAAGAGAUGCAUUAGCCAAACACAUUUACGCUAAAUUAUUUGACUGGAUUGUGAAGCAGAUCAACAAGUGCUUUGCUGCUACAGCCAAACCUUCUAGAUUUAUUGGGGUUCUUGAUAUCUAUGGUUUUGAGACCUUUGAAACCAAUAGCUUUGAACAAUUUUGCAUUAAUUAUGCAAAUGAAAAGCUGCAGCAACAGUUCAAUCAGCAUGUGUUCAAGUUAGAACAAGAGGAAUAUGUUAAGGAGCAGAUCGAAUGGGAGUUCAUAAACUUCUAUGAUAAUCAACCUUGUAUUGAUCUCAUCGAGAGUAAGCUGGGAAUCCUCGACCUGUUGGAUGAAGAGUGUAAAAUGCCAAAGGGUUCUGAUCAGUCGUGGGUAGAGAAAUUGUAUUCAAAGUGUAAGAAAUGGGACCAUUUUAGUAAACCUCGCUUAUCCAAUACUAAUUUUCUCAUAGCACAUUUUGCUGACAAGGUUGGCUACGAAUGUGCUGGCUUCCUUGAGAAGAACCGGGACACAGUGUCCGAGGAGCAGAUUAACAUUCUCAAAUCUAGUCAGAUUAAUUUAGUACAUGCCCUGUUUAUGGAGAAGGAGCAACAUGCUCCCACCAGAGUCAAAGUCUUACCCAUUGGCCCAACACAGUCUAAAUCAAAACAAAUGAAGAAAACUGUUGGUUCUCAGUUUCGGGAAUCACUUAACCUACUAAUGUUGACACUAAACUCAACAACACCUCACUAUGUGAGGUGCAUUAAACCUAAUGAUGAUAAAAUGAGUUUCACAUUUGAUCCCACCCGAGCCAUUCAACAGUUGAGGGCGUGUGGUGUGUUGGAAACAGUUAGAAUCAGUGCUGCAGGUUAUCCAUCUAGGUGGACAUACAACGAGUUCUUCUGUAGAUACCGAGUGCUGUGCAAUUCCAGAGAUAUUAAAAGGAAUGACAUGUGUAUCACAUGUGAAAAGAUCAUUAGUAAUAUGAUAAAUGAUGAAGACAAAUUCAAAUUUGGUCGAACGAAGAUUUUCUUCAGAGCAGGUCAGGUGGCCUACAUGGAGAAACUUAGGGCAGACCGUUUAUCUGCUUGUGGUGUCAUGAUUCAGAAACAUGUAAGAAUGUUCUUGCAUCGCAAUCGCUUCAGAACCAUGAAAAAGGCAGCAAUAACUAUACAAAGGUACUCAAGAGGCACAGCAGCACGAAGACGUGUACAUCACAUGCGGCAAACUGCAGCAGCUAUCAAAAUUCAGGCCUGUGUGCGAGGGUGGAUUAAGAGGGUUCAGUAUCGCCGUCUUGUUUACACUGUCACUCGGUUGCAGGCUCACGCUCGUGGUGCAUGGGCUCGACAGAGAUACGAGCAUAUGCGAAGAGUCAGAGCAGCCAUUAUCAUCCAGAAGUACGUGCGAGCAUGGUUGACACGGCGUCACUUCUUGAGAGCAAUGCGUGGCAUUCUUAUUACCCAAGGACUUGUGCGUUGCUUCCUGGCUAGAAGGAAACUCAAGAAACUUAAGAUUGAGGCCAAGUCGGUGGAACACCAGAAGAAACUCAACAAGGGACUGGAAAACAAGAUCAUCUCGCUCCAACAGAAGCUUACGGAGCUUAAAAAUGAAAACAACUGUAUCAAAGGUUACAAAGAAGAGAUCGCCACUCUAAAGACACACUUGACGGAGAUGAAGGGUAUGGAAGUGCAGGUGAAGAACAGUAAUAACCGUAUUCGUGAACUUGAGACCAAAGUUGGAGCUCUUGUUCUUGAAGUAGAGAUGGAGCGAGGUGAGAAGAUGGACGUGUUAAGUGAGAAGGAGCGGGCGGAGAAGGAGAAUCGUGAAUUGGUGGAGAAACUCAAUGCAGAAAAUGCACGGCUAACAGAAGAACUUGGAGAGGUUAAAAAAGAAGAGACUAAACGAGAAUCAGAAGAGAUGCUGCGACGCAAAUUUGAAGCCGAGAAGCAACAAAUCAUCAUGGAGAACGCAGAUGAGAAGACAGCAUACCAAAGAUUAUUAAAAGAAUUUAAUCGUUUAGAACAGAAGAAUGACCUUUUAGAAGAGCAGAUAAAAAAGUUUAAAGGAGGCAAUGCUCAUAAGAGAACAGCAAGCAAUAUUAGUAAUAUUAGUGGUGCCAGCGAUGCUCCUACUGAACUGGUCCGUGAUGAUGCAUCAGAGUUCAGUUCUAUCAUUGGUGAUGAAGAUGUCGGAUAUGGAUCUGUACGAAGUCGUGCCAGUGAAAUGUCAGACUCCAGCAGAAACUUGGAAAAUAUAGAUUGGAGUUCUCCUUCUCACAAGCCAAAUGUUUCCGAGAUCAAACUUCACGUUCCCGAGAAGAUGGAGGACAUCACCUUAGUACUGCAACUGCAGAACAAAGUGCGCGAGUUAGAAAAGGAACGGAGGAGUCUGGCCAAACAGGUAGAUCAGCUGGAAUCAGCAUCACCCAUGGAUGACCCACAGCAUGCACAGGAACUUAUUCGGCUGCAGGAAUUGGAGAUGGAGAAUGCCAAACUGAAGGAUGACCUCAACCGUCUGCGAAAAUCCAUUGCUGACUCUGAGCCACAGAACAACCAAGUUCAGGAGUUUAUGAAACAAUUUGAAGCACUUCAAGAUGAGUUGGAGCGCCGAAGGGAGGAGUGUAUCCAGCUGCGGACAGUGCUAGCCAACCGUGCUCAUGACCUGCGUUCUCUCACCCAGACAUCCUAUGGCAAGGAUGUUGACAUAUUAAAUGAGGAUGGAGAACUAGCCUUAGCAUAUCAAACACAAAAGCAGAUAAACAGACAAUUAGAAGAAGAACUCAAGACGGAAAAGUCAAGGCAUCGUGAAACAGAAUCAGAGUAUAAGGGUGAGUUGGAACGUCUACGUCGGGACAAUGAGCGCCAACAGAAACUUCUCUCUCAGAAUUUGACCAAAGGUGAAGGUUUCAACCCUGAAGCACUUUUGCAGUCAGAAAUUAUGCGUCUCACUUCAGAGAAUCUUAAUCUUCAAGGACAGGUAGACAGUCUGACGGAGCAGCUCAAGAAGUACAAGCGCUCACUUAAAGCUUAUGCCAAGAAGCUCAAGGAAGCUGGUGGCUCGGGCAGCAAGCGGUCCUCAGCACAAGGCAGCCCUUAUGGUGGUGAUCCUCCUGACCUACUGGAUGUUGCUGCCACUAAUGAGGGUGAAGUGAUGCCAGUCAUCCGCAAAAAGGAGCGUGACUACAUGGGCAUGUUUGAGUAUGACCGACGGGAGGAGAUGCAAAUCAUAAGAGUCCUCAUUUAUGAGUUAAAGCCACGUGUAGCUGUGACAUUCCUACCUGGACUGCCUGCCUAUAUUCUCUUCAUGUGUAUCCGGCACACUGACCACAUCAAUGAUGAUGAGAAAGUGCGCUCUCUGCUUAACAACAUAGUGAAUGGCGUGAAGAGGGUUAUCAAAAAGCGACAUGAAGAUUUGGAUUCUACAGUUCUUUGGCUCUCUAAUGUACUUCGACUUCUACACAACCUCAAACAGUACUCUGGUGACAAAGCUUUCCAGGCAGAAAAUACUGGUAAACAAAAUGAGCAAUCUCUAAAGAAUUUUGAUUUAUCAGAAUACCGGCAAGUUUUGUCUGAUAUCGCUGUUUGGAUUUACAAUGGUGUUAUUAAACUGAUGGAGGAAAAAGUGCAGCCACUGAUAGUACCUUCCAUCCUAGAACAUGAGGCCAUUGCAGGACUCUCAGGCAACAAGCCAGGUGGUAUGAGAGGUGAGGACUGACCAUUACCUUCCUCAGUUUUUGUAUU